GUCUUCAAAUGGGCUGCAAUUUUUCAAACAAGACAGUAAAUACUAUCGAAAGGAAGAAAAAUGAUAUUAUAAGAAUGACUGAUAUUCGUCAUGAUGUUCAACUAAUCAAGUUUAUUAAAAUGCCUAACCCUGUGACAGGAAAGUUCGACUUUAAGCUUAAAAUUGAUGACACCACUCAAGGACCCAUCCAGAGUUGAUAUUCUGUUCAUUCAUGUUAUCAACCGAAAUCGAUCAAAACGACUAUGAUUGGUAGGGACUCUGAAUUUAAGUCGACCAACAAUCUGAGUGAUAGAAGAAGGAGGACUAAAAAUGAAAUGGAUCCUUAUAAACAUAUUCAUGUUGAAUCAAGUGCUUCCAUCGUUGGGAGUGAAAGAGUCAUUCCUAGUGGCAAAUAAAAUUUACGAUCAUUGGGCUUUCCUUGAACAAAACCCAAAUGCUAGACUUGUCUCAAUUACAUGUUUUGGCUACAAUUAUGUUACAGCAAUUGAAACUAAGUUUGAAGUUCCUGGUCAAAUAGAGUUAUCAACCUUUCUUUAUGAAGGCUCAAUGCAUGAAAAAGCAAAGAAGAACGAAAUGAUUGAGGCUACUCUCCUCCUUGAUGAGAACGAACAGAUUGAGACUCUUAAUUGAUGAUGAUCAGCUAAAAAUCAAAGAAUUAGAAGCUUAACAUUAGGAACGAACUAUGAAAAAUGACUAAUAAUGGAAGGACAAAUAGAGCUUGCUCAAAUAGUCAAUCUAAGUGACUCAAUCGCAAGUUUCUCCAAAAUUGAGAACGAGAGUAUUGCUCCAGAAUCACAAGCCCAAUUAAGCGAGCGAGAUCAAGACGUGAUGGAAAAUGAACCCCAGGAUGAUGAAAGCCUAUAUGCUCCUCCCUUGAUAAAGAAAUCAAAGAUCGAUGAAAAUGAAUUUAAAUAUCAAGACCUCGACUUAAGCGUGUAUGGGAGAUACCUCAUCGGCUUCAAGACUAGAUUUGGAGAGUAUCUUGAAGACAUUGAGAUUUACACUAAGAAAUUAGCAGAAAUUCAAAAUUAUGGAGCUAUGUAAUAUCAUUGGUUAUGGGUUUGGAAGGUUUAUUCACAUAAGUAUAAACAUAGUAAUAUAAUAACCUUACCAGAGCCUCAGUCUCAAGCGUGUGGCGAAAAAACCAGGAAAAUCACGGUUCAUAUCUAGAUUACUAAUUGAGUAAUUUU